AGCAGAAGAAUCUUAUGACUUUUAAUUUUAAUUAAUUUAUUGAUAUUUUAUCAUUUUUAAUUCUCAAUUUUUAGUUUUUUAAAUAUUUCUUGAAUAUUUCCUCCUGAGCUGAUGGAAGAGUUUAUCUACCAACAAUGAUAGUGUGACGGAGAUUUCAAUUUGGACAGAUUACAUUGCAGUGGAAUGCCAUGAGUGACCUCAGAGUGGAGCUAUCUGUGCCUUUUCCAAGUGCCAGAGAAGCAGAAGUCGCAUAUCAGGUGCUUCGAGUCGACAAAGAACCAUCUAGAAGCGGAGUCACGAAGAAGCUUGAGUUAAAGGACAAUGUUUUAGAAGUAUCAUUCAGCAGUAAGGAAGCAAAGAAAGUACGAGUAGCACUUACGUCCUUCUUUGAUAACCUACUACUGGUUACAGAAACUAUCGAAAAAUUCGGUCCACCUGAACCGACGUAUAAUCAUUACUGAGCGAUCAGCUAUUCAUCGAUUAUAUUUCGCUAUUA